AAGCAAGUUUUUCUCCAGGACCAGCGCUGGGAGGGGAGCAUACUGAUGGAGGAGAAGGACAUGCCAAGCAGACCUCUGAGAGCUCGUGCCCAGUCUCCAGAUGGCAGGUUUUCUUUUCGGUGGAGACCACCUUAUGGAGCUGGCUUCAGGGGUCCACGCAGCAGAUCGCAGAUCCGUGGGUAUGGAGAGAGCAGCCGAAGGAUGAGCUAUGCUCCACUGCCGCAAGAGCGACAAAACCAGGAAGCAAGGAAACUUGCCUCUGAAUCAGUUCAUGUGGUUUCUUUGCCAUCACGGAUUACCCAAGGACGCAGUCAACCUGUCUAUAGAUCAUCUUUAACUAAAAGGAAAGUAAUAGAAGAGGAAGAGGCAGAGAUGGUGCAGGACAUAACUGUUCGGGUGAUGUCCUCUCAGUCUGUGCUCGUUGCUUGGACAGACCCACAGUAUGAAAAGCAGAAGGUUGCAGCAAAUAGACAGUACAAUGUUCGUUAUCGGGAAAAGGGAGAAUCAGCAAGGUGGGAUUACAAGCAGGUGUCCAACCGGCGGGCACUGGUGGAGAACUUGGCACCAGACACCAUGUACGAGUUUGCCGUCCAAAUCUUGGAGGGAGAAAAGGAAGGCAAAUGGAGCGUGUCUGUUUUCCAGCGAACCCCAGAGGCCGCUCCUACAAGUGCACCUGAAAAUUUAGAUGUUUGGCCACUGAAGGGUAAACCAACCUCUGUAGCAGCAUCCUGGGAUGCUCUCCCAGAAAGUGAAGGAAAAGUCAAAGAAUACAUUCUUUCAUACGCCCCUGCUCUCAAGCCUUUUGGAGCAAAGUCCAUCACCUACUCUGGAGCUACAACAUCAGCCAUAAUAGAUGGUCUGCAGGCUGGGGAGCGCUAUAUUUUCAAAAUUCGUGCAGCUAACAGGAGGGGACCCGGUCCUCAGUCUAAAGCCUUCAGUGUCGCCAUCCCAGCAGCUCCUAAUGAGGAUUCAGUUGCUCAGCAACAAACAAAGAUUCGAGACAAUUCAGAGGCUAAAAAACCUGUGAAUGCUGGUUCAUCUCCUUCUCAAAGUUCCUCUGUUUCUUCACAAGUGCAGAUGUCACUUUCCUCUAAGCAGUCAUCUGUUCGUUCACCCAGGGUUGGUGAUAAAAAGAGUCUUCUUUCUGAAUAUAAGAAUAAAGUCUUGACUCAAGAAGGUAUUCUAAGUAAAUCUCAGUUACCUUCCAGAAAGACAGGAGAGCUGGAACUUGAUCUCCAAUCUACUGAAGUGACAGAGGAUCACAAUUCAUCUGAAGAAGCUCCAACGACACUACCAAAAGCCCAGGAUCACAGGAGAAUUGUUAGGCCCCUGUCCUCCAGUCGGACAAUCCACCCUGUUCUUGCCUCAGGGAGGACCCCUGUUCGAACCCGCACAUCAGAGGUGUCACGGCAGACUAGCACAGAGAAACGUGAGCCAUCAGUGUCGUCACCAUCCUCAGCACAACGCACUUCUGCCUCAUCUGUUCCUAAGUACUCAGAUAAUGAAACAAAGCAACUGAGGCAAAGUAAUGCUAAUGUGCCUUCUCCUAAAGCCUCUUCCCAUUCUCUGCCUGCCAAAAAUAAUGAUCUCUCUGGCAGUGUGGAAGAAAAGCCAGAUCCCUUGCUGGUGAAAGUGCCUCCUAAAACUUCAGAGCCUGGUCUCCUGGGUUUGCCGUCAAAUCGGGAGUCUGUUGUAACUCAUGAGGUGGACCCAAGCCGUCCAAGUGUAUCUUUGCCUAAAAAGACAUUCCCUUCUCAUCUUCCAUCACAAAAGACCCAGAAGACCUCCCGCUCGGAACCUCUGCAGAAGGUACAAACCAGUCCUUCCUUACUGCAUUCCAGGGGCCGGCGGCUGCCAUCUCCUGUCUCAUCCCAGAGUAAUGAAGAGUUGCAGGAAGAUUAUGAUGAGGAUGUAACAGAAGACAGUGACAGAGCCAGCAGCCGCUCUGUGUUUCCUAAGGAGGUGUCCACUUCUAGGGGAUUACCUACAUCUUUCUCUCAGGGAAGCUCAAGUUCAGCUCUAUCAAAGCAACAGCAGCCAGGUUCUCAGGUACCUUCCUACAAAUCAAGGCUUACUCAGCCAGACACCAGUUCUGCUAGUGGUAAGGCAAAAGACAACCAGUAUAAUUCAAAGUUGUCAUCCACUUCUUCAAGACAAACUCGCCCCUCAUUACCUAGUCAGUCAAGGGCCGCUACAAGAAUAGUGUCCCAUACAGAGAAAAAAUAUGACCUGUUACCAUCUAAAAUGUCCCAAACUGAACUUGCUCAAAAAGUUCCUUCCUUCUCCUCUUCUAAAUCUCGUCAGUCAGUUUCCGAUGAAGAGGAUGAUUAUAACAGUGAAUAUGAUCAGAAAGAGAUGGAAGAGAAACCCACAUCUUUGGCAGCAAAGCGGUCCCCUUCUCUUUCUAGAGGUAAUAAAAACACAUAUGAUGACACUACUAGCAAUAAGAAGAAAUCUAUGGACACUCUUCUACCUCACAAACUAAGAUCUGAAGAGGAAGAGAAGGAAGGAACUCCAACAUUAAAAAUAUCUUCUCCUGAAUCACCAGGCAGCUCUGCUGUAGCAUCACGGAUUAUUCAUUCCUCUAACAAACAUAACCCAUCUAAACCAAGCUUCAUCUGGCCACGUUCUUCUCAAUCUACAACCACACACACUGUUCCUCCAACAGUUUCCUCUUCCACUUUGUCCCCUCGCCAGCGACUACUGAACUCCAGGCUACGGAGCCCUUCCCAGCGGCAGUUUGUUAGACCUCCUUAUAGGCAAGGUUACGGUGGCCGUCCUAAUCUUACAACGAAGAAUGGAAAUGGAAAAAUAUUAGCUGGUAAUAAUGGCAAACCAAGUGGACAGAGAGUAAUCAAUGGUCCUCAAGGAACAAAGUGGAUUGUAGAUCUUGACCGAGGGCUAGUGUUAAAUGUUGAAGGAAAAUACCUCCAAGAUUCCCAAGGCAACCCACUCCGAGUGAAAUUAGGAGGGGAUGGACGUACAAUUGUUGAUGAAAAGGGUGCCCCAAUGGUGAGUCCUGAUGGAAUACCUUUGUUUGGACAUGGCAGAUUUAGUAAGCCUGUAGCAAGUGCACAAGAUAAACCAAUAAUAAGCCUUGGAGGGAAACCUCUGAUUGGUCUUGAAAUGGUUAAGAAAACAACUACUCCCUCAACUACUACUACAACAACACCUCCAACAACUACGACAACAACUACUACAACCACCACAACAACUACUACAACUACCACUCCUGAACCAACUACAACUGAACCUCCCACUGAGAAACCACCCCCAACCUGUCCUCCAGGCACCUAUGCACAGUAUGAUGAUGAGGGCAGCUUGGUAUUAGGGUUCGAUGGCCUGCCAGAGUGCAGUGCAGAAGUAGAUACAUUCUCAGGACUGGAUUCUGAAGUGACAGCAACUCCAGAGGCAUAUGUGAUAUAUGAUGAUGAUUAUGAGUUUUUUGAGAGCACUUUGCUACCAACCACCACCACUGUCACUACCACAGCAACAACAGAAUCAGAAAUUGUCUAUCCAGAGACUAGUGUUGUUGGUACUGGCCCUGUAUCAGAAUAUGACAUUGCUGGGAAGAAACGGUUCACUGCACCUUAUGUGACCUAUCUAAAUAAAGAUCCAGCAGCCCCUUGCUCCUUGACAGAGGCCCUGGAGCACUUCCAAGUGGAAAGCCUUGAUGAGAUAAUCCCUAAUGACCUUAAAGAGAAAGACGCGCGACCUCUCAAAGCCCCUCACAACAUCACUGUUGUUGCAGUAGAAGGCUGUCACUCCUUUGUCAUUGUGGACUGGGCCAAGCCUACUCAAGGAGACAUGGUAACAGGCUAUCUGGUUUACAGUGCAUCCUACGAUGACUUUUUAAAAAACAAGUGGUCAACCAGGACUGCAGGCACUACUCAUCUGCCAAUUGAGAACCUGAAGCCAAACACACGGUAUUAUUUUAAAGUCCAAGCAAAGAAUCCCUUUGGUUAUGGACCUGUUAGUUCUUCAGUCUCAUUUAUCACAGAAUCUGAUAAUCCCCUCCUUAUUGUCAGACCACCUGGUGGUGAGCCCAUCUGGAUCCCAUUCACUUUCAAAUAUGACCCCACCUAUUCAGAUUGCAGUGGCAAGCAAUAUGUGAAGCGAACUUGGUAUCGCAAGUUUGUAGGAGUGGUUCUUUGUAACUCCUUAAGGUACAAGAUUUACCUCAGUGAUGACCUGAAAGAUACCUUCUAUAGCAUUGGGGAUAGCUGGGGAAGGGGUGAAGACCACUGCCAGUUUGUGGAUUCACACCUGGAUGGAAGAACAGGACCUCAGUCGUACAUUGAAGCCCUGCCCACCAUCCGAGGGUAUUAUCGCCAGUACCGCCAGGAGCCUGUAUCAUUUGGGCGCAUUGGAUACACAACACCCUACUACUACGUGGGCUGGUAUGAGUGUGGUGUGCCCAUCCCAGGGAAAUGGUAGCAGUCUGCUUUUCCAUCUGAGGCAGGACAGGCUGACCACCCUUUUCAAAUGAUUUCUACCAGAGGACUCUGAGCAGCUGAGUCAGAAAAAAAAAAAAAAAAAAAAAAGCCAACAGAAAUUAAGCAAACCAGUGAAGACCAUCUGCUCAAGAAACCCCUGCGAAACCAGACAUGGUCCUGCCUUCACAAGCCUAAAUCUUUGGUACUGCUUGACUUCCACUUGGAAGCAUGGACAGGAUCUAGGUUUGGUGUCCUACCUUCCUCCUCUGAGUCAUUAAGGCAGAGAGGUGGUUGCAAGAUGUGCGACCUGUGAAAACUAGAACUGCAUUAGCUAUGAAAAUGUGGAAUUUUCUUAUAUCUUGCAGGAAUGACCUAAGCAUGCUGUGCUUGCUGAAUGGAACGCUAAACUGUCCCUCGUUGCCAGCAGCGGGUGCUGCCAGGGCUCCCCUAUGCAAUCAUGCCUCAUAGCUGGCCGCCCACCAAAGGCAAUAUAUUUUCCUGAAGACUUACUCUGUGGGUUCUUGUGGGUUCACUCGCUGCUGGACUAAGCACCAGAUCACAGUGUAAAUUCACUUUGAUAUAUAUAUAUCUAUGUAUAUCUAUAUAAAUACAGUACUGUACAUCUGCAGAAGUACUGCUUAGAGAUGCUGAGAUUUUCUUGUUCACUAGAUAAAUAUAUUUGGAAUUUUUAUGUAAAAGGUGCUGUUAAUUCUUUGAGAUACUGCUAUGCACAAUAUACUAACCAAGGAAAGAGCUAUAUUCUUCUUGUGAGUACUCUUGAUCUGACAUAUGAAUUAUUGAUCAAACACCUGCAUCCCAUUUCCUUGGCAACCUAUGGACUGAAUGUUCAAGAGGAAUCUACUCCUCUCUCCAUAUUAGAGUGGCAGCGUAUAUUCCAGCAGAAACACUUACCCAGCAGUUUAUCAGCAUCAGUCAAACUUUCUGUCCUAUACAGCUGUGGUGGUUUAACACCAAUAGGUAGCUAAGCUUCAUCACACCACUCCCUCAUUCUCCCUCCUCAACAACAUGGGAGAGAAAAUAAAAUGAAAAAAACAAGUUUGUAGGCUGAUAUAAGGACAGGUUUAGUGCAACCUUUCUUCGAUCAAUUUUCAUCAAAUAAGUAUAUUAUUUAUUUCUUUGCUCUUUCCUUAUCUUUCACUUCGCUGUUUGGAGGCAUGGGACAGGUAACUUGCAAAUGGGAAACUGCUCUUAACUUAUUUGUUUUCCAAAAGGAAGCCAAAGCCACCAAGCCAUUACAAGACUCCUCUGACUUCGAUCGGUCCUAAGACAAAUUGGGAUGCACUUCCUUUGAAAUGCUACCAAAAUCUCUUCCAUCCAGAUCAGAAAGCAAAAGCUGCCAUAGCUGAAAACUAUAAUGAUCAUUUUUUAGCAGGCAUUUGUAGGCUUGUAAUAACGUAAGAUUUUGGUAGUCCUGGGCAAUCUAGCACUAAUGGUUUACCAAGUAACUUUUGUAGUCUUACCAUUUCCUUGUAACACCUCAAUACCUUUGCUUAUAUUAGUAAGACUCCACAAUUCUGACAGCCCAGGUCUCCUUCCAGCUUCCAUUUAGUAUAGCACUAAUACCUUUUGAAUUCCUUCUAGUAGUUAUUGUAAAUUGUACGGGGAGAAGAGGAACUAAAGUGAUUAGAGAACAUUUUAUUUUUCAUGGUGAUUUGAGUUUUAACAUUUUAAUUGUUCUCAGAUACUUUUGCUUCCAUACAGUGCCAAAUAUAUGGUCUUCAAAUAUACCUUCUUUCCCUAAUAAAUCUAUGAUACAUCGUU